AUGCCCCAGAGCCCCCUCCGGGGGGACCCCCCCUCACCCCGAGUGUCCGUGUCCUUCGCGAGUCACCGAUGGGGAGCGGGGGGGGGUGUCCUCGUCACCGCCCUCUGCAUGAUCGCCCGCCUCGCCGACGGGUCGUACGACGCCGCCGACGCCGCCGCGCUAGCGGACGCCGGCGCCGCCUCAGCAGAGGCGGCAGGAGGAGGAGCAGGCGGCGGCGCCAUCGCCUACUUUGUCUCUCUCGUCUCGAAUGCCUUCCUCGCGCACUACAACGCUCCUUCCGUCCUCACGGCCCUGGCGCCGCAGCCGGCGGGGGAGGCCGCUAGGGUGGGGGCGCCGGAGGAGGAGGCCCCCUCGUGGCUUGCGGUGCGGCUGCGGCGCGCCGCCGAGAUCAACGAGGAGUUCGCCGAGUACGCGCGCCGCCUGAGCCCUCCGCUGCUGCGCCGUCUCCGCAUCGGCGGCGAUAAGGGCGGCGGCAAGGGUGGCGGCGGCAAGGGUGGCGGCGGCAAGGGCGGCAGAGGGCGAUACCUCACCUUCGGCGCCGCCUCGGACGCGAACAUCCUCAACUCGUACGCCUCGGCGGACCCGCUUGCGGUGGUGGCGCGGCUCGGCGUCGGCGCGGCGGUGCUGCCCGCGGUCGUCUGCUCCUCGGUCGCGGCGCUCUGCGGCGUCGCCGCCCUCGGCAUCGAUCUCGACACGAUCUCGGCGCUCGGAGGCGCCACGGGCGGCUCCCUCCUCAUCUACGUCGCCCCCGCGCUGAUGGCAUUGCGCAGCUUCCCCCGCGGAGAGACCGACGGCAUCCCGAAGAUCGGGCAGACGCCGGCCGGGGCGGCACUGCCCGAAGAGGCCUUCCUUUCCCUUCCCGAACUCAUCGAAGCGACUAGACCUUUCCAAGGGCUUCCCGUCGCCGCGCUCUCCUACCCGUGGCUGACCAAGGACCACCCCGACCCGAACGGCGACAACCUACGCCGAGUUGCACAAGCACUCAAGGCACUGCUGAGCGGACCCAACGCAUUCCGGCGGCUAGGCGUCUUUUGGGACUUCCUCUCGCUGCACCAGCACCCCGACCCCGCCAACGGCGUCGUGCGCACCGAGGAGCAGAACACGCUCUUCAAGCAGGGCCUGGGCUGCCUCGGCACGCUCUACUCCCACCCGCAAACGACCGUGCUGCGGCUGACUAGUUUACCUGCCGGCCACAAGGAGGACCAGCUCAUGGGCGCCAACGUGGCCAAGUACUUUGACCGCGGCUGGUGUUUCACUGAGGCUAGCUGGGCGAGCCUGACAAAGAACGGCAAGAAGUCACUCGACCUAAGCAAGAUGCGUGACGAUAAGGAGUACGUUUGCGGUAGCCUUGUGACCGAGUGCACGAAGGGCGGUGGCCGGCGACCUCCCCUUCUGCCGUCUCGCUUCGCGGCGGAGCUGGAGACGAAGAGCUUCACCAACGGCAAGGACGACAAGCCGCUGGUGCAGCGGCUGUACGAGGCCGCCUUCGAGGAGCAGUUUGGCAAGGCUGAGGAGCUGGACUACGGCCACCUUGGCUGGGGCGACGCGGAGGCAGCGCAGCUGGCGGAGGUCCUCCUCAUGGGCAGCAACUCGCCAGAGCUAGAUGCCGUGUGUAGGGAUCGCGGAAUCACUCUCACGGCCGUGGCUGGCGUCGUGGCUCCCUCCGAGGCCUCCCUCCUAGAGCGUGGGUGA